CAUUUUGAUGAUAUCUAUAGGUUGAUUUAUAGUAUCCAUUCUUGUCUUGCAGGUUUAUUACUGUAUUAUAUUACCUAAAUGAACCAGAGGAAGGUGGUGAGACGGCAUUUCCACUUGCUGAUAUGUCUGAGGAAUUAGUUGAGGAGAAAUACGUGAAUUUAGACGAACAGGAAUGGUAUAAUCUAAGCCAUUAUUGUCAUAAUUCUUCCCUUGUUGUCAAGCCGAAGCGUGGAACUGCCAUCAUGUGGUAUAGCCAUUUCGUUGACGAGCAGACGGGUUAUCUGGGCAAAGUUGAUAGACUUUCUCAUCACGGUGGAUGUGAUCUUAAAAAGGGAUCCAAAUGGAUUGCCAACAACUGGAUUUCUGGGACUACUUAUGAGGGCAGAUUUACACCCAGUGUGUUUUACAACGAUGCUCAAUAAUUCUGAAGUCUUAUUUUUUGGUGACGUUGAAGACAGAUACAGCUCGUAUUUGUUCUUCAGCAUAAAAGUGUAGGAUUUGAAAUAUAUUUGGCCUGUUUCAUAAAUAUUUUGAAUGUAUCGUGAUCGAAACACAUUAAAACGGACAUUUCAUGUAUAGGCUGUUUUAAAAAUUUUCUAAUAUUAUAUGAUUCACUUAGAUAUACACAGUGGUGUAAAGAAUGUUAAAGGUGUUAAAUCACAUCUCGGUAUCAUUUACUAACUUUUCUCCCUUACCCUACACUUUCAUAAAGAUUUAUUUAAGGGGCAUGGGUGUGGUGAGGCGGGGGGUGGGGGAGGAUUAAUGACAUUGUAUUACCAACACACGCUCAGUCAGUGCACGCAUUUUUUUACAAAAUGAUUUACAGUAAGAUGCCACAGAGAGAAAGUGAGACUGAAAACAGAAGAAGUUAGAUAACCAUACAAGAAUAGGAAAGUCAGGUUAAAAAAAACUUUGCUGCAAUUAAUUGCAUGUAUGUUGGGAUACUGCUUCCUUGAAACAUUCGAUAGCCUAGUGGUAGAGCGUCCGCUUCGAGUGCGGGAGGUCGUGGGUUCGAUCCUCGGCCGCGUCAUACCAAAAUAGAAAAAGUGGAAACUUCACAGGUCGCUUAACACGACAAAAACUAAAAUGUUGCAGGCUCGGUUUGCUUGAGCCUGUUCAUGGACGGUAGACGUGAAAAAUGGUACCAGUAGCUCCCUUGCUUGGCGCUCAGCAUUAAAAGGGAAACUGGCCUCUUCUCUCAUACCCUCGUUGCGAUGGAUUCCAUCAGGAAUGAGGUGUCGAGAGUGAUUAAUAUAAGUUGUAGAACUUCCUUCACAAUCGACCUAAAAUAAAUUAUGACUGUAUAAACUUGAAACAUUCGAGCGUGGACAGGAGGGUAUUUGGAUUUUUUUUUAUAAUAACUGGAAACUGUAUCGAUUUGCUUGUGGGCUAGAUGUUCGGGAAUGUUCUUCUGGGUUUCUCAAAAUAAACAUACACAGGAAAAGCUACUAGUGAAUGGCCGAUUUUGUAGAACAUUACUAAUUUUGCAUAAGUUGGACUACAUGUAUUCCCCCACUGAUAUUAACCAAGAUAAUUUUUCAUUUUAAAUGACUUUGUUAAAAAAUGUUUGUACUUUCGAUAUGGCUGCCUCUUACACAAAAACAAAGAUGCGAAUGGCGUUAUAGUUCAGGUAAUAUGUAUAUUAUAAUGAUUUCAGAAAUAUAGUCUUCAUUGCAAGCGUGAAAAUCUCUGAUUUUGUUUUAAACUAUUAUUGAUGCUUUUUUAUAGAAUUUAUAUUUGAAUAAAUUGUUGCUUUAUAAAAAGGGA